CGGUUUGUGACUUUGAUAGUGAACCAGGAGGCGCAGUUUGUGUGUUAACCACCAGAAAGUGUGACAGGACUUUACUUAAACUGUCAAAUGAUGCUGUAGCGAUUAAAGCUUUUUGCUAACAGAUUUGUUUUUCCCUUAAAUCGGUCCAUUGAUUGUCAACCGCGAUAUUUUCAUUUAGCCUAUGUCUGUUAAUUGCUUGAAUUUGUUUGGAAUCUCAUAGAUAAAUUGUGAUUUGACCCCUGCUUACACAACCAGCACCACCGACUUAUCGAUAAUUACCUUCCUAUUUUUCAUUCAUGUUAAUCUCGAUUGAAAUCGGCCAUUGCGGGCCGCCGCGUUUGGUUGAAAACAUGAACUCAGGCCUGGAGGUUUAAGACGCAUCUUGUGUUUUGCUGUCAGAUUUAAGUUGUAAUUGUUUCUCCUCUCCUGGGAUGUGGCCGGUUUGCGUCGAGGGGGGCGUUGCCCGGGCCAUGCUGUCACACGCACACCGCAUCCAAGUGAUUUUUGAAAAGCAGAGGGAGAAAUGUGUAAAGCCAAUCAUGCAGCGGAGAGAGGCUACGCACAGUGUGAGAUCACUGAGCUCAGCGAACAACCGAAGUCUGUGUGAGAUCACAUCUCCGAGUCUUUAAAGGUCUUUUGUGAUCAUGUCUGCAGCUCAGCCAAUGAAGAUGGAGUCAGCAGUUGAGGCUCAGCAUGGGGUGGAGACUGCUGUGACUGAGGCGGAGAACCAACAAAUCACCCAAGCACAGAUUGCUACUUUGGCACAGACAGCAUGGUCAGUCGCUCCUGAAUUUCAGGUAACGAUGACAACAGGCCACGCCUCGGCCACAGGUCCCACAGUUACGUUGGUACAGCUUCCCAAUGGACAGACGGUUCAAGUCCAUGGUGUCAUCCAGGCUGCACAGCCGUCUGUUAUCCAGUCCCCACAGGUCCAGGCCGUGCAGAUAUCCACCAUAGCAGAAAGCGAGGAUUCACAGGAGUCAGUGGACAGCGUGACUGACUCUCAGAAGCGCAGAGAGAUUCUGUCACGACGGCCCUCGUACAGGAAAAUCCUGAAUGACCUUUCAUCCGAUGCACCUGCUGUCCCUCGUAUCGAGGAAGAAAAGGCUGAGGAGGACUCAGCUGCCGCCGCCGCUGCCGCCGCCACGCCCUCAAUCACCACAGUUACUGUCCCCACACCCAUCUACCAGACCAGCAGUGGCCAAUACAUUGCAAUCACACAGGGCGGGGCUAUUCAGCUGGCUAAUAACGGUACAGAUGGAGUCCAGGGACUUCAGACUCUGACCAUGACCAACGCAGCAGCAGCCCAGCCUGGAGCCACCAUCCUCCAGUACGCGCAGACCAGCGACGGCCAGCAGAUACUGGUUCCCAGUAACCAGGUGGUGGUCCAAGCUGCCUCUGGUGACGUCCAGGCCUAUCAGAUCCGAGCAGCCCCUGCAAGCACCAUCGCCCCGGGGGUUGUGAUGGCGUCUUCCCCCGCCCUCCCCACAGGAGGCGCUACUGAGGAGGUCACCCGCAAACGGGAAGUCCGCCUCAUGAAGAACAGAGAGGCAGCCCGUGAAUGUCGCAGGAAGAAGAAGGAGUAUGUAAAGUGUUUGGAGAACCGAGUGGCCGUCCUGGAGAACCAAAACAAGACACUAAUUGAAGAACUUAAAGCCCUCAAAGACCUUUACUGCCAUAAAUCUGAGUAGUUCCUGUCCUGAACACCGAGCUGGGCCAAGUAGCGUAUCAGUUCUUUUCAAAUACUUUGACUGUUUGAUUCUGCCUGCCUGGCCUUCCAGUUUACACACGACUGGCACUUUUGGAUGAAAACUCCCUAAUCCUGCUUACACUACCUUCUCUUAAGUAUCCUGUCAGUAUAAUACAUUUAAAAUAUAAAAAAAAUACAAAAUCUUUCAAGUAUCAGUACACUGAAUACACUUGUAUGUGCUGUCACCCAGGUCUGAUGAUAGACAUUGGCAAAGUGCUAAAAUAAACGUUCUAGUCUAAAACUGUAGUGUGAUGGAUCCAGAACAGUAGCUACUAUCCUUGCAACAUCAUUAAAAAGGUAAAAUCAGCUGCUGACAACGGUUAACAUGUUGCUCCACACAUCUUUGACUGUGGGCCUUUUCAUUUUCGUAGAUUUUGCUAAUACCCACAUAAGUUAGUUCAACACUGUACCCAUCAUGUUUAUUGUAGAGAGUCCAAUGUCCAAUGAGGCAGAGGAAAUAAUAUCCUUAAAUCUUUCAACAACAAAAAGAACCUCCCUGUGGUUCAUCUCAACCAUGUUUUUGUUAUCCUAGCCAGAUCAUGUCAAACAAAAUGGUGGAUUUUGACGCGUCACCUCUGUUUAGACCUUAAUUGUUUUCUAGUUGCAUUAUGGUUUACGUGUUGAAAAGGCUCGUAUUUUAUUGGCCUCAUCUGGCUCCAUUCGAGCGUGUGUGUUUACUGUUUAAGAAAUAAUGCCUGACCAGUCCUUAAAACAUAGCCAUUGUUGUACCUUGAUGUAGUACAGUAGCUACACUGUGGACCAGAACUAUGUUUAAGAAGUCCUGAAAUGUGAUUUUAGGGACACCUGCCAAAUAUUUAUGAUUUAAUAAUCCCUGUUGCCAUGGUAACUUAAAAUUCACAGUGGUGGGUUCGGUGUUAAACUGCAGUCUGGCCAAAACUAUGACAACAAGACCCAGCUUGGGGAUUUAAAUUAAGACUCAGACAUUUCUACGUCAGGCAAGCUCAGUCAAUUGCAGUUGAAGCCUUUGAAUUAAUUGUCUACUUGAUCCACAUCCUGGUGUGAACCAACCUUUUUAAAAAAUGAAUUAUUACACAAUAACUUGUAUAGCGGACUCUGCAAGUAAUUGGGUCCAAAAAAGUCAUUUUUUUGUGUUUUUAAAGAUGCUACCAACUGCCGAUUGUGAAGGAUGUGGAAGAACUGUGUACAUCAGCAGACAGAGGAUUGCCUCAGUCAUGUCAAAUGUUAAAAAGAGACGUAUUGCAGUGUGACGUCACACUUCUCAGUUCACUCAUAUUGUUUUUCUGCUUCUCCACAACAGAAGAUUGUCAGAGAUGCUAUUAAAAUAAGAUUCUUUGUAGGAUAAGGCACAAUUUUAAAGAUGGAUUAUUGUUUCUGCAACCUGGGGUUCCUAUUAGUUAUGGUAACACUUCACUCACUAGGUUAAGUCCAGUAGGGCAGCAACAGAAGGGGUAAUUUUAAUUAAAACAAAUUUGUAAGUAAAAGCAAAUCUGAAUAUUUAAUUUACUACCCAAACAGGUUGUUGCAAAAACACUAUUGCAGAACUAUUUAGUUUUUCCACUUUGACUGACCAUACUUACUGUUGUUCUGCAAACAAGCAGUUUUUCAAGGCAAAGCACAAUUUUAAUGGACAUUCAGACGUGUUCGGGGUUGAGAUAAUUGGGGUUGUGUUAAAUCUGAAGUCAAGCGUCAUCUCAUUGUGCCACAGUAAACUGUCAGUUUUUCGUCACAAAAAUGACCAUCAUGAUCCAAGUUAUGAUUUUUCCUUGACAUUUCAUUCUUCUGUGUUUUAUAAUAUGUGUCUGUUUUGCAAUGUUGUAAACUAUGGAUUGUGAUGUGAGAUUGCAGAGCCGCCAUUUUUUAAAUAUGUAGCAGAUUGGAUUCUGUGUGAAAUCUACUGGCUACGAUUAUGCGAUACACUUAAAAUCCAUGAAAAUGUGCGUUCUGUUUAAAAGAGGCAAUUUUGUGUUACUGUGCGUUGUUUUUUGAGAAGAUACACGUACGUAUUUGUUUAUUUUUUUAUAUACUGUACAUAGACUCUACAGCAUGAGUAGACCUCAUAUUUCUGUUUAUUUGAUAUGAAAAAUGUUCUUAUGGCUUGUAUGAAACCAACUUUGCAUAUUUGUAACACAUCGAUGUAUAAUAGACGACAAUGUAUGUGUGUAUUCAUGUAAUCCACCAGGCCUACCACAGUCAUGGCAGCUAAGUAUAUGAGAAAAGGCCUUUGUUGGAGACGUUAUAUUUUGGAGUGCUGUACUCUGUUUUGGGAUCUGCAGUGUUUGUUUAUAGAGAAGUGUGUUGAGAGAAGUCAGGGUCAUCAACGUAUUUGAAUUUCAUAACUAACACUUUUGUUUAUUCGUAAACUGCACAGCAGAAACCUCGGUGGGUUCAAACUCAGCCGCACAUCGUAGUGUUUUUAACUGUAAAUGUAUUUUUAUCUCAUAGACCUGGACAGAAAUGUCUCCAGUAGCCAUUUUUUUUAUAUCAUCCAAUGAAUCAAAUGAAAGCACAAUCUUUCGUCUUGAGCCCUUUUUAUGUUUAUUUUAUUGUACUUUGACUAAAUGUAUUUUACUACAAAGCUACAUUAGAUUUUUUUAUGGUUAUUUUAUUGGUUCCAAUGGUACACAUCAGUUAAUCCUCAACCCAAGUAUUUGCUCAUGUCAACUGGGAACUAAACAAACAAAAAUAUUUUAAAUUUUUUGAGUAUAAAAACUCUGUGAUUUAGUGAUAGAAACUCAGAAUUCUUUUUCCUCCAGCUCACUGUUGAUGUUUGGAACUGAAGCCCACUCAUAGAGGUUGUUUUUAAUCCUCAUAACUACUAUUUCUGAGCAGCUUCAAAGUUCAUUCUUGACCUCAGAAACAGUAGUUUGACAAAAUCAGCUUAACCCAAGGUCCACAUAAUAGCUUUUUCCAAAGCUUUCAAAUGCAUCUCACAGUUUAGUCUUCAUCAGGAGAUGGAGGUCGCACAGUUGUCAUCACGUGACAAAGUAUGGAAGUUCAGUCGUGUGAUAACAGGUGGUCAUGAGAAAAUAACCCGUGUCUCUGUUCAAAGGUGGUCUUUGGUGCGUUUGGUUGAAAGCUCCGGAAGUGAAUAAGUGGAGAUAAAAAAGUUGAGAUAAAAUUUGACUGCUAAUCUAUUUGUAUAUUCACAAAGAAAUUUCAAAACUUCAGUCAUUAGGUGAACAGAAAUUUGGGAGCACUAAUGGCCACUCUAACAAUUAGAGUGUGUUCCUUAAAAUGUGUGUUGUUUCUGUUGUUUUCAUUUUGUAAGGGUCAUGAGUUCAUGGUAGCUCUGCCAGUUUUAUUUUUCUUGAAUAAAACAUUUUGAUAGUGUAUUUGUAAUGUAUAGAGGAUUAAAGGGUUGAACCAGUGACAGAAAUCACAUAUGUGGAGUUAUUCAGAAGGCUUUGAAUGAAUCAUCUCAUAUUAACCCACAACACAUUAGCAUGUACUGCAGAUGCACAUGUCCCUGUUUUGCUUUCCUCCUACCUGUCACAGUUUAAUUUGGAGAAAUCUAUGUAGAGGUAAAACAAAAUGCAGAAGUAAUCUUUUUUUAAUGCGUUUCAAGGGAUGGAAUUAAGUCUGACCAACCACAUGUUGGGCCUCGCUGAUUGUAACGCUUAUUUUAGUGGAAACAGUGAAUUUGAUAGAAUCCCCAUCAAUAACGGAGCAAUCAGUGCGAGGGCUUUAAAAAUGUGUGUAAGGAUGGGAAGCACUUAGACUGUUUAGAUACUGGUGCCAUUAUAAUACCUGAGUUGAAAACUUUUGUACGUGUAUUCUGAAAAGAAAAAUAAUUUCCACCUCUUGUACUUCUCACAGGUGCUGAAACUAGUAAUAAUCUUUUUUUCUGUUGAUUUGAUAUAGUGAGCUCAACUUUGUGAUGUGAUUACACAGUAUCUUUCCAAUAAAACCAAAAGUGUUUUCA